AUAUAUGUUGUUACUACAUAACCUCUUCAUCGAGAACGCCACGUUAUUUUUAAUACCACCAUAUGAUGAAUUUAACUCGAUGAAAUUAAUCGGAAAUGCAAAUGUAAUUGGCCGAUGUCUUACAAUUGAAGCAUUAUUGUAGACGAUUCGAAAAUGCUGCACAACACAACGACUUUGUCGCCUCAGGACAUUCUGGCCGAGGUUAGAAAAUUUAUCUCCGGUGCCGUAUCCAGGCCUUCUCAUAGCGCAAACAUGCAAGAUGUGACACGUACGGCGUUAUUUUUGCUGAAAAAUGUACCCGCGGCAAGGGACGCCGUACUCGAAUAUUUUUGCAAUGUAUUUUUCACCGCAGUGUCGAAAUACGUUCGUCAGAUCGAGACAAAUCAAAAUCUACCAAUACCCGAAGAGAGCAUUAUAGCAGAGAUUCACGCUGUUCUGAGUAGUUUCAUUAAUGGAAACCCAGAAGCGUGGGCGCCUAUUAUAUCAGCAUGGUCACUGGACUUACUCGGCAAAGUAUCUUCUGAUUAUUCAAAACGUCGCAAUUUGCCUGUCGAUGCUGGGAUCAAUGAUUUUCUACAGCAAUGGAUGUCAUGCCGUGCAACACGAACUCUGAUAGAUAUUACGGCACAAUGUUUACAAUGUCUUAUGCACUUUGAUACAGAGUCUUGUAUCAAAGCAUUGUUAGAUACCAGCGUGCUACAUAGUCCAUAUUUUGAUUGGGUGGUUGCUCAUGUGGGAAGCUGUUUUCCGAAUACUGUGAUUACUAGAGUGCUAUCAUGUGGAUUAAAAGACUUUUGUGCCAUGGGCUACGAAUAUAAUAUUAAGAACCCAAAAUUAAAUUCUGUUGUUGGCAUAUUGGGACAUUUGGCGGGUAGCCAUUUUCAAGAUAUUAGAAAAGCACUGCUAGAUUUGUUUGAGUGGAGUUUAGACGAAGAUGUAAAUCUUGAUGAAGAUACUAAAAAGCAGAAAUUAGCCACAGUACCAUUUCUUUUGAAUUUAGCUUCACUUUCACAAACUCUUUUGAAAGCGAUGACCAGCAAUGUGUUACAAACAUUGAGACCCGAUGUCAUACCGCGUCUAGCAUUAUUUGCAGCAGAUUGGUGUAAAUACUUUGACAAUCAACCGGCAGCAUUAAUAGAUUUGACAGUGCACUUGGCGUUAGGAUGUGAGCAGGGCGCAUCCGAAAUAAUUAAUAUAUUGCUAGACACGAGUCUAAAUACGAGCAACGUCGGCUAUCAUAGCGUUAACGCAGCACAAAAUGUGAAAAACAUUUGUCGGGAGUUACUAGAAUUGAUUUUACAAGAAGUAGAUCUUCUGUUGAGAACACACGGACCGCAAUCCGGCAAUAUCGCUCUCCUGAGUUCUAUCAAACAGGAGAUAUCGCUGAUAGUGCCAAUGUUAUUGAAUCCCAAUCCACUGCGCGUGCAAACGGCUGUUAGACUGUUAUGCUUUCUAAAAAGUCAAAGUCCAAAUAUAGUCGUGUCUAUGGCAUCUCACAUGUUGGUGAACGCGCCAACGACGUUUCAUCUCGCAGCCUUGAUACGUCUUAUCACUAACAACAUCGUACUGUUUCCUGCAAACAAAUGUGGAACCGAAAACAUCCUUGCUGGUCACGAUUAUCUUACACAGAUUUUGGAGCAAGCGUUAAGAGAGAUAUACUAUAAAAAUGUCAUAAAUGAGGAGGAGUCGAGACAGUUAUUUAAAAAUCUCACUAUAAUGUUAAAGUGGGAAAAAUCGAGUAAAGCGCCAAUAUUACAAUCGAUGAUUACCAGAGCCCUCAGAUCAAAUUUGUAUCAAAUAUCUUCUUUGUUAAUGAGAACCGACAACUUUGAUUUGGCGAACGAUAUCGUUACUCUGUUGGAUCUGUUAAGCACGCCUGAAAAAGAUUACAUUCUCAAUGUGGAACUUGUAUUGAAAUUGACGAGGGCAGUCAUCCAAUAUUUCUUCUUGUGCAUUGCACAAACAGAUAUCAUAAAAAAAGAACAAGGAGUGAAGAUGGUUUGUCACUUAUUGAAGGAUCUGACAUGUUAUUCUCCUUGCGCUCGCGUGCUGGCGCUCAGAGAAAUAUUAGAGAACAGUAUCGAUAAUGAGCAGGCAAAACACUUUGGAGCAAAGGAAAAAUUUGAGCCCCGUUUUGAAGAGCCGUUAUUAUUACAUCAGAAUCAUAAACAGGUAACGAGCACCAUGUUAGCACAGCGACAUUCAUCAGUAUUUCAUGCCGGUGUAAUAGGACAUGGUCCGCGAAGACUACUGCCGGAGAAUUCGAUCGAUAAGGAAACUUUAACUUUAAAUAAAAUGUUAUUAAUGGACGUCAUAAAAGCUUGUUGUAGCAACCAGGAGUCAGAUCGAUAUCCUGUCAACUUGGAUGCUCUGACAAUGGUCAGCUUGUUGUUGGUCGAAUUAGUGUCCCCUGAUGUAAUGUACAAUGGCCUUCCAUGGCCUGAUGAGGAGUUUACAAAGGUUACGAUAGAGAGGGAUUUGCAAAUUCGUCGCAAGUUUAAGGACGUACCUCUACUAUGGACAUUAUUAGAAUUGACUGCCUGGUACAGACCAGCGUUAGCAUAUUGUUCCGUUUUACUGCGAGGUAUUACUGCAACCGUGAUGGCUAAUUGGAAUACGGAGGAAGGUGUCUCGCUCGUCAAUAUAAUGGCGCUUGGUCAAUUAUUACCACCGCCAUUGGCGAGUAUUAGAGAUAUUCUGCCUGUGUUACAGCCGCACCAGAUAAAUACGAUAAUGAGGGAAUGUCUAUGGGCGUACAUGCGCGAGAAUGUACCGUCUCCUGCAUUAUUUACGCGGAGCGAAGGUGCUAAUAUAGCUUGGAGGGAUAUCGACACAUCAUUGCCCAAUGCACGCUUUACAGAUACUCUCCGUUUAGUAUUGCUGGCGAAUAUUCACACUUUAGGAUCUCUAUACUCGACGUUAUUUUAUAAUGAAAAUAAAUAAAAUGCAAAGAGAGAAAGAGAAAUAGAAUACAUCUCAAAUAGAGAUUUAAAUUGAUUUUAAUAAAUGUGUAAUUACACACUUAAGACACUUGUAAAUAGCAUUCUCUUGACAGAAAUAACAUUAAAUUAUAAUUUGAAACCAUAUAAUCAUACAAGCGCAUAUAUAUAAAAGAAAAAAUUGUAUAAAUAAUUUAUAUAUAUAUAUAUAUAUAUACAUACAUAUAUAUAUAUAUAUAUAUAUAUAUAUAUAUAUAUAUAUAUAUAUGAUGAAUAUAAAAUUUGAUAUAAUACUAAAUCGAGAUAACGCAUGUGUGCACCAAGAUGAAAAUAUUAUCAAAAUGCAUCUAUUUUAUGAGAAGAAACUCACAAGAUUUGUAUUAUUUUAUAUAACAUGUUUUUCAAGAUUAUAAAUAUAUAAGUGUGUGUAUAUAUACAAAUAUUAAGUUUAAAUAUUUUCGCAAAAAUUUAAUGUAUUGACAAUAAGUACAUUUAAUGUUUUUUUUUCUUCUUCCUGUUAUAUAUAUUGAUAUUCUAUAACAGUAGUUAUAAUUCAUGUAUAUCACUUAUAACAAUUCUACGUAUAAAGUAGAAAACUACACAAUGACGCAUUGUAUAAAAUAGGAAAUAAUUUUUACUAGAAUUUCUUGUAUACACAUUCUGUUUUAUAUAUAUAACAUAUUACACAACACAUGAAUCUUUUUUUCUUAAUGGUGUAAUCGAUCACGCGCGUUGUAUUAUUCUCGAUUAAUGACAAUGGAUAGAAAUUCAUUUUACGAAUUUUAGGACAAUAAAUGAAUGACGAAACGAGAUAUCACGCAUAACAUAAUCAAUAAAACGCGAUAAAAUGUUUGAGGAGAGAUAAAACGAGGAAGACGAAAAAAAGAUGUUUUUAAUAUUUAUAAAAGCAUAUUCUCUUCUUUUCUCCUAAAUAUACAUAUAUAUAUAUA